AUGGCCUCGCCACUCAAGAUACGGAACUCUCUUUCCUCUCUACCAGAACAGAUGAUUCACAGAGAGUUUAAGGCUAGUGACCGUCGUGGUAAUAGUCACGAGCCGGAAGAGAGAAGGCCUUUUGAUUUGGCUGUGCAAAAGUUUUGGCACCGGGAUGCUGAGGACAAGGAAAAUGCAGAGAAAAAGAAGGUAAAGCUCCCAGCUAUAAACCCUCAAUACCCAAGCAGAAUGCCAAAUGUUUCUACAAACAAGGAAUUUAGUGGGAAAAAUAAGCUUUCCUUCCCACCUAUGCCUGCCCAGAGAAAAAGUGAAGCAUUAAACUUUAGCAAAUUAAUUAGCAAUGGUUAUGGGGCUGACUGGUUUCAGCAGUGUACUGGAUGGGAGAAAAAGAUUCAAGAAACGUCAGAAAAUAGUGAGCAGUCCAAAGAUUCAGAGCCAUCACAGCCUGAAUCAGCACUUGCAAGCAAUGAGUCAAAGCCACUGUUUCAGGGAUGCCUUGAUGAGAGAUGCUGCUUCGGGGAACGGGGAGUCGAGCAGCAGCGCCGGAGGGUGAGUGCGUGUGUGCGAGCAGUCGAAAGGGGUACCCGUCGGCUCGCUGGAGUCGCCCGCUGCGAAGGGACUCCGGCCCUCAGAGUUAAAGUUCCCGGUGGUGCGUGUGCGACUCCCUGA